AUAAUAAAGAGUCAAAGUUGAAAUAAAAUAAGCAAAAAUUUUCAAUGGGAAAUCAUCUUAGUUUAAUUGGAGGGGAUGACGAUGGUUUCGACUCCACGGACAACGAAAUGGGAUUUAAUGUGAUCAAUUUUACAGUAAAUGCUGUCGAUAUGGAACUUAGAACUCCAGCACGCGUCCAUCCAAAUAAUCUGCCAGUCAUAAGAAAGAAACCUAACUUGGAGAAAUUUCAGGGCUCAGACAUGUUCAAAGAGAUAAGAGCUUUGAGUGGAUCAUCGUCAUCAGGGGAGCAACAGCAACAUUGGAAUUUACUAAAGGCGUUGCAACAGCGCGAAAACGGUGUGGCCGCGCCUGGGAGUGCUUCAUUUUCUUCGAAUCAGCAGCGUUAUAUUAACAACAUGUAUAUACCAAAUCAGAAAUCCACACGUUUAAUGUCCUUGGACUCAAAGAUUUUUGUAACAAAAUUCAAUCGUGAUGGCAGCAAGCUAAUGACAGCCUGCCAAGAUGGUUAUGUACGGAUCUAUGAUGGCCUCAAGGGCACAUAUCAUCUAUUGAAUCGUAUUAAUGCCCGUGAUGUUCAAUAUAGUAUCAUUGAUGCUGAUUUCAGUCCGAACGGACAACAUUUUGCCUACUCAACUUGGUCGCGAUCUUUUUUCAUUAUGCCUGUUAAUGGCACUGGUGAUGAUUGUCAAUGGAUCGAUGUUAAUGAUAUGUCAAGCAAUCGUGUGGGCAUAUUCUCUUUACGCUAUUCUCCCACAGGUGAUACGAUCAUAGGUGGCAGCAAUAAUGCCUCUGUUAUUGUUGGUGAUGUACGCACCAGAGCCACUCAAAUAGUUAGAACUCAUCGUAUGCCCGUAACAGAUGUGAAUGCUGUUAGUUUUGUCAAUGACAAUAAUCCAAAUGUGAUAAUCGCUGGUUGUGAUGAUGGUUUAUUAAAGGUCUACGAUUUGCGUACAUCAUUCCGUAGUCGUAGUCUAUCGAAAUCUGUUGUGUCCUUUAUUGGCCACUAUGAUGGCAUUACUUAUAUAGAUUCGCGUAAUGAUGGCUAUUAUGUAUUAAGUAACUCUAAAGAUCAGAGCAUUAAAAUUUGGGAUAUGCGACAGCCAAGCAAUUUGCGUCAUCGUUGUAGUGCAAGACAACAGCAACUGGAGACCACAUGGGACUAUCGCUGGGAUAGAGUGCCACGUGAAUUCUAUAACCCACACAAGGCUUUAGAUGGUGAUACUAGCAUAAUGACCUAUCGUGGACAUCGUGUAAGCAAAACCCUGCUAAGGGCCAAAUUCUCACCUUUGGAGCAAACUGGACAGCGUUAUAUAUACACUGGCUGUGCCACAGGACGUAUUAUAAUUUAUGAUGUACUUACCGGAAAAAUUAAAGAGGCUAUUGAAGGACAUCGUAAUGUUAUUAGAGACUUAGAUUGGCAUCCAGUGCGUUCAGAAAUUGUAUCCGGUUCGUGGGAUUCUCAUGUGCAUUUGAACGCAUUUAAUCGGAAUAUGGCCAACAAUCAUUCAAAUCAAUCAAAAAGUCGUCGAAGUUCUAUACAGGAUAAUAAACCUUUGAGACGUUCGCGUCGUCUGGCCAAUCGUAAUUCAACACCGUUUUAGGUUCCCUCUAAGCUUAGCCUUUAAGGAUCUCCUCUAUAUCCCUGCUCUCCACCCAAAUUGAUAUUACAUACAUAGAGAGACAUACAUAUGUAUAGAAAACAUAACAUUAUAUCGACCAUCCACCUGCAGCACUUA